AUGAAUGAAUCAAUUUUAAAUCAUUUGUUUCUUCCACCUUAUCUACCAUCUACUGCCGACGAAGAUUUUUUAAUUCAAAACAACCAUCAAAAUGAACACAUGUUAUUAGAAUGCAUGAAAAAAUAUUUGAAUGGUAUUGACUUGGAAAACGAUGGGAAAACAUUACCAAUAUUUCAUGUCCUUACAGAUAACUGUCUCAAAAAUUGGUGCCAAUUACAGAAUAUUCGAAACUUUUCUGCAUCAAAUUUACAAUCUACAAUCGAACAAUUACCACGAGGAAGUUUUCUUCCGUUAUAUUUCAAUGCUCAAAAUGCUGCAAUUCUUAUUGAAAUUGAAGCAAAUAAAAUUAAUCAACCAUUAAUUUCGUCUUGGCAAGUUUCACUACCUACUGCAAAUAUUACUUCGUCUCCUAUUCCACAUCUUUCUUGCUUUCCAGUAGCAACCUACAGAUUAAAAAAUCGAAUUCAAUUAAGUUCAAAAGUUCAUUGUGAAUUAUUAUUUGAUUUUAUGCGCAAUACUAUUGAAUAUUCGAAAUCAUCGAAAGCUUCUCAUCAAGUAGAUGAAACACGUGAUAUACCAGAAUCCCAUUAUGUAUGGCAAUGGUGGAUUCAACACUUUCAAGAAAUUGAAAUCAACAAAAGCUCAAAUACGCCUAUCAAAUUCAAGAAAAAACAUCGUGAUCACAUCAGAUGGAAUAAUGCUAAUUUACCAUUUCGACGUUCCGGCUUAUGGCUUACUAUUAAAGUGGUUCUUCAAACUAUUCUAACCAAACGCUUGGGUUCUGUCGGUACCGUUAUUUAUAAAUUAUUGAUCACUCGUUUUCUGACUUAUGUUAUUGGUAAAAUACAUUCGAAAAUAUCCAUCGAUUUAUUGAUUCAUUGUAUUCGAAAAAUUGUUCGAAGACUAAAUAAAAUCGAACAAUUAUCACUAUCUACUCAAUUAAACGAUGUAAACCAAUGGAUACAACAUACAAAAGAAAAAAUACAUGAGGAAAUCAAUAUGCUUAUUCCUAAAUCAGAUUGGCAAGAAUGUAUUCGAAUUAAUGAAGAAACAAAAUACAAUUCGUUCUCAAAUAAUUUCGAUCUAAAUAACCCUCAUAUUUAUCAACAUUCAUGUCAAGAAUUAAAAAAGUAUAUAAGUCAUCAAAGUUUAAACAAAACAUUUGAAUCUUCAUUAAAUAUUAACACAAAUAAUGACUUUCGUUAUAUUGAUCGAGAUGAUUAUAUACCAUUAAUUGAUGAACUGAGACAAAAGUUUAAUUAUACUAUUGACAGAACCUUGACUUGUAUAGAACUUUGGAUUGAAUUACAUUUGAAUCAAUGGAUUAAUCGUCCCAAAGAAUCUCAAGAUGAAAGCAAGCGCUUUGAAAUUCUUUUCAACUUUUAUGAAAAAUAUCAAAGUUUAGCAGUGGAUUAUUAUUGGUCAGACAGAGGCCAUAACGAUCCAAUUGGUUACAGUCGAUUUAUUCUAACAUUAUUAACAAUUGUUCGAUCGAUGCAUGAAAGAUUAUGUAACGAUUCAAGAUUUCAACGAUUAAAACAACAUUCUAUUAAUAUUCCAGAUUUGAUGCAUCUAUUUGAAUAUUUAGUUUUACCUAAUCAAAAAGAUAUGAUUCGAGCUCGUGAUCUCCGAAAUUAUUUUAAUGAAUUUAGUCAGAAAUCAUAUCCUGAUUUAUUAUCAAAGAUAGAUGACAUUCAAGCGUUCGGGGUUAAUUAUGCUCCUCAGUCACAACAAAUGAAAGAAAGUAUACGGAAAAUUCGAAUUCAAGCAGAAUAUGAUAAACAACAGAAAAUACAAGAAGUCAAAAAUGCGAAGGAAAGUUACACCAAUCUUAUGAAUUCAAUAAGAGAUCUCUCGUGCACGUGUGAAUACGGAUAUGGCUAUCGGCAAAAAUGUGAAAGGUGUCGGAUUUCAGAUCAAGCGAACAGUAUUCAGGUAAAAAUAUUCGAAUGUCCAUUGCCAAAAGACGAUGUUGGUGCGUGGGCUGUUAUUUUCGAACUACAGAUGCCUACGGAAAUUCGAUACUAUCGUGAUAUCAUUUGGCAAUUUAUAAAUCGUCUAAAAUCUAAUAUCGCGCACAAUAUGUAUCGAUGGUUAUCCCAAAGCCCUCAUCAAGAAAAGUUACAUUCUUUCUAUACAGGAUCAAAUAACUGUAAAAUUGAAUUGUUAUCUUCGGUAAAAUCUGCCACACAAAGUCACUAUUCGUAUCCACCUUCCAUUGCGUCUAGCUCUGUUGAAGAUUUUCUAUUCGAAAAUAGUUUAAAUAUUCAAAUUUCACCUACGAAACCAAUGGAAUUCAACAAUGAAUGUCGUAUUUUAACACCCCAACUCGAUCAUCCAGAUUAUAAACAAUUACAAUGUGCAAUAAACAAUACAGAUUUUAUUCAAAAUAACAUCAUUGCUGAUUUAUCAAAUUGUGCAGCACGACUUAAACCUAAUCAAUUUAUAGAAUUUGGUUCGUUUCGAUCAGGUCAUCGUUUACAAUGGUGGAAUCUUUUAGUAUUAUUUGAAAUGGAUUCGUUACCUAUUGCUGAAGAAAGUGUAGUAAUAUUAAUUACUCAUGCAAUAUUACAAUAUGGGCCACAGACAAUCGAUCAAAAUUUAUCGAGUAACUCGUGGUGUGCAGAAGCUCAUGAACAAAUAUUAGAUGAUCAUUUUAUUGAUGAAUUAAUCAUAAGAUUAGAUCAUCGUUUAGAUGAUUGUAAAUUAAAUUGGCAGAAUGAAUUAGUAUUGGUAAUUAUUACAAUUAUUACAAUGAGAAUGUUAACUAUUUGUAAUUCAACAAGAGAAGAUAGAAUAGCCAAUUUAGCAAUAAAAUGUCGUAAAAUUGGUGAAACAUGGAUUGAUCUUAUUUCUGAAAAUAUUCAAAUAUUAUCAUCAUCAGCUUCUAAUGAAAUUGAAAAACUGCGUUUAAAACUUGUAAUUAUUAGCAUAUCAUGCCUAUUAACAUUUUCAACUGAUUUAAAUCGAAUAAAUUAUUUGUUAUUAUCGAAUGAAGAUUUAUUGUCUUUAUUAAAAGCAUCAACGACAAUUCAUGAUAAUAUUAUUUUAAAUAAAAAUCGAUCAAACAUGAGUACAUUUAUGAAGAAUAUGAUGAGAUUUAGUAUUCACAAGUUAGUAAUUCUACAACCAAAAAUUGCUGAAUUCCUACAAAAAACUUCUUAUAAAAGUUUAAAUAAUUUUUCUACUAUCUAUUGGGCUGUUAUUCGAAAUAAAGGUACAAUGAAUGGCAGAUGGAAAAAACGAACGCAAGACCCUUAUGAUGGUUGGUACGAUUGUCAAUACGAAACACGAAUAAUAUCAAUUAAUUGUAUUCAAGGAACGUUCUUAGUUGAUGGUAUGACAGUAGGUUUCUUACCUGAAGAAAUAACGACAAAUGAAUUAUUUAUACGUAUAUUUGGUAGUUAUAUAUUUGAAGUUCAAUUAGCUGAAUCACCUAAAACUUAUAUUACUAAACAUACAUAUCAUGGUAAUGAAAAAGUUCAAUAUGAAUUCUGUUUUAAUAAAGAAAUUAAACAUUUGACAAUCACUGAACGACAUACAAAAACAAAUGAAAUAUUUCAAUUAAUCUCGGAUAAAUGCUUUCAGACUGAAUUACCAGAUAGAUUUGUUUCUAAACAUAGCCAUUGGUUGAACUUAAAAAAACAAAUACUUCAAUUUCGACAUAUAAAUUUUAAAGAGCCAGAUUUUUUAAAUAAUAUACCUUAUAUUUUAUCAUUAGAAACAGGAUAUUUUACUACAACUACAGAGAAUCAUAAACAAAUUUUGAUUAAUCAAUCAUCAACAUUCUUUAUGAAUUUAUUUAAUCAAUAUUUCAAUCGCCUCGAUGAUAAACCAUAUGUUUAUAUGAUGUGUGAUGGUAUUAUUGUUCAUAUUCAUCUGUCUCGUUUAGGUAUUGCUUUUGAAUAUAAUGUUGAAACAAAUAUAAUAAAAUCUCGCGAAUAUUCCGAUAUGUGUAUAAGUAAAAAUCAAUGGUUAGGAACAUUUACGUCUUUGACAUCGGGUCUUCUCUUAUCACCAUUACCAGUCAAUAAAAAUAUAUUAGGUAACUAUCCAUAUCGAAAAUUAAUCGUACCUUUUGGUAAUGUUCAAAGCAAACCGAAUCCAAACAUAAACCAUCAAAUUGUUACUAUAGAUCGACCAUCUACAAUGUCAUUUUCUUAUCAAUAUUUCGUUUUUGUUCUCAAUGACCGAUUAAAAAUACUUCAGUCAACCGAUAGUCCUACGGGAUGGCUUUAUUUAGCAUUAUUACAUGCAAUGACUUCACAUCCUUUACCAGAUGAAUAUACAGGUAUGACUGGAAUGGAACGAGCUUUUCAAUUAUUAAAUUCAGCUGGUUGUUAUUCGGAUCAACCUUUUGAUGAAGUUUCGUUAAAUAUUCUCAGUCAAAUUGCAUUGAUUUCACCGAAGGUUAACUAUUAUCCAAAACAUUUGACUUGUAUGGAACAAAUAGAUUGGAAUGCAAAUGGUUUACCCUAUUCGAUGCAACAUUUUGGUUAUUACUUAAUAGCCAAAAAACUAAUCGAAACAAGUCAACUGUUUAAUUUCAUGUAUCCAUCAAUGUCGUCGAAUAAAACUCCAGAACUAUUUGGAAGAGGAAAAAACAAUGAAACGUUAUUGAAAAAACUUUAUUUCGAUUAUCGAGAUUCAUAUAAUCCAUUAGCAAGAUUAUCUCAAGAAAUGGAAAGAGAUACUUUGAAGAGUAUUCAAGUGAAUUUAUAUAGCUCACCUUCGGAAUAUUGUAAACAUAUUAAUAACUAUAAUGUUGUUUAUCUUGUAAAUGACUUAUAUAGUUGUGGAAAUGUUAAUCUUGUAGACUGUUCAAAUCGACAUUGGUUACCUUUAUCUCAAUGGAUGACUAGUGAAAAUAAUUUAAAAGAUAUUUGGAUUGGCUUAUUAAAAAUGGCUCAUUGUAUUAGAAUUCAAGCGACUGUCAAUGAUACAGAAGAUAUUCAACGAUUCGAAAGUCUAUUAGAUUUUCUUCAUUAUAUUUCUAGCAAACGUAAUGUCAAUCCAUUUUAUUUACAAAUGUUAAAGACAGCAUUGAAAUCGUCGACUAUAUUGUUAGCAGGGAUUACAUUUCCUUCUUUUGUUGUUUACACAGAUAUCAAUGAAAUUUCUUUUAGAAAAGAACGUAUUGAUAUAAUUUACCGUUCUAAUUCAUCAGAAAAGGUGAAAAUUUUGGGUAAAGCUGCACUCUGUUGGAGAACAAACCAACAAUAUCCAAGUGAUUGCUCUUUAGCAACUCCAUAUGAAGUUACUGAAAUCAACCGAUUAUUGAAAUUGUGGCGAUCUAACGAAGAACUUCGAUCAUUUUUACAAGCUGUGCAAGAUCUCAUUCUUUCCGUUCCGAUAGCACAUUUUCAUGUUCAACCACCAUAUCAUCCUCAAAAAUUUGAGUGCGAGCUUGCUGAAAAUCAUUAUCAAAUACAAAUCAAACCUACAAAAAAAUCAAUCGAUUCAAUACUUUUACAAAAAGCUAAAAAGAAAUUUCAUAAUUUCAAUUCAGGUCAUUUUAAUUCGAGAAUGAAAUCUAUGAAAAAAUCGGAUAGACGAAAUGAAUUUCCACAGGAAAUCUUUUCUUCUACCAAUGAACAAAAUAAUGAUCUAAGCCAAAUUUCAGAUUAUUUUCGAAAUCAAUUAGUUCGAAGUUGGGAAAAGUUUCUUGCAGAUAAUCAAUAUGAACAAGAAUAUCCUUCAAUAGAAGAAAUCAGUCAGGUUCUCAAUUCUUUACGAGAAGAAUCAAUAAAAUUUUGGAAUGAACUGUUCAUCUCUAUUACAUCAUCAAAUGAACAAUUAGUUGAAACAGGUCUUAUUUUAAGAAUGACACCAACUACUCUAAUACCUCUACUUCAACAAGAAACUCCAUCUUAUUCUUCAUUGACCGAAGAUCAACGUACAAUACUCGGUGGUAUUGUUGUCAAUUGGACAUUAGAACAACAAAUCGAAAGAAUUUUGUAUUUUGCUAUUCAUAAAAAAUUGGAUGACUUCAAAAAAGAAAUAUCACAUAUUCCACAUUCUAAUUGGAAGCCAUCUGAACAUAUUUCUUGGCUUAUUUUAGAAUUAGAAAUGAAUAUAACUAUUCGAGAAAUUCAAAUCAAUGUAGCAAAACAUAUGAUACAACCAAAUGCAAGUAGUACGCAAAAUAUAGUUAUGCAAUUGAAUAUGGGUGAAGGAAAAACAUCAGUUAUUUUACCAAUGUUAGCUGUUAAUUUAUCUUCAUCGAAUUCGACUUUAGUUCGUAUUAUAGUACUUAAAUCAUUAUUUCCGACAAAUUAUCAAUCGUUACGAUAUAAAUUAGGUGGCUUACUUAAUCAACGUAUAUUUUCAUUUGCAUGUCGUCGUGAUAUGAAUUUCAAUAGUCAACAAAUAAACCAAAUUCAUAAACGUUUUCAACAAGCAUUAUGUAAUUGUGAUAUUCUAUUAACUUCACUAGAAGAUAUUCUUUCAUUUGAUUUACUUACAAUUGAUAAAUGUCGAAGACAAGAAUUUAAUGUUGCUCGUUCUAUGUUAGCAACUCAACGACAGUUAAAAAAAUAUGUACGUGAUAUAUUAGAUGAAUCGGAUGAAAUUUUACAUGUUAAAUAUCAAUUAAUUUAUACAGUUGGUAAUCAACAAGAAGUUGAUGAAGGUUCAGAACGAUGGAAAACAAUUCAGAAAAUCCUUGAAUUAGCUAAAAAACACGCUGCUGAUAUUUCCAAACAGUUUCAUGAUAAUGUUUGUUAUAAAGCACCAGACAGAAAAAGUACUUUUCCACAAUUUCGUUUACAAACAUCCGAACCAUUUCUAUUACUUUGUCAAAAAAUUGCAAAGGAUUGGAUCGAUAGUAGAAAUUAUCGUUAUGAAGAUAAACAAGUUAUAUCAAUAUUUAUUUUAGAAACAAAUUCAUCAGUUGAACAUCUUGUUGAUAAAUUUCCACAUCUUGACAUUCAAUUAUUUCUUAUUAUACGUGGUUUAUUAUCAUCAGAAGUAUUAUUAGUUACUUUAAAAAAACGUUAUCGUGUUAAUUAUGGCGUAAAUCCAAGUCCAAUUUUUAAUCGUCUAAUGGCUGUACCAUUUCGUGCAAAAGAUGUUGUAGCUGAUAGAACUGAAUUUGGUCAUCCCGAUGUAGCUUUGGUUUUAACACACCUCUCAUAUUAUUAUUCCGGUUUAAAUGAUUCACAGUUAUCUCAAUGUUUUAAACGUUUAAGUGAAAAUGAAACUGAUCCAACAUCUAUUUAUGACCAAUGGAUUUUAUACGACGAUGAAAAAGAUAUACCAAAAAAUAUUCGUCAAUGGAAUGGUGUUAAUUUAAAAGAUUAUCAACAACAAAUUAAUUAUCUUUUUCCUACAUUUCGAUAUAAUGUGUUGGUUAUUAAUUAUUUUCUUAAUUAUUUUGUAUUUCCUCGAGAAGCUAAACAAUUUCCAUCUAAAUUAGUAGCUUCUGCUUGGGAUUUAUCUUCAUCACAACGAACAAAAAUUGUCACUGGAUUUAGUGGUACGAAUGAUACACAAUUAUUACUUCCUAUUCAUAUUCGACAAUAUGAUUUACCUGAACUUCAAAAAACAGAUGCAAUUGUUGUUAAUAAUUUAUUGAAAAAUGAAAAUGAAAAUUAUCAAUAUUUACCGAUUAAUGUAACAUCCGAAAAUAUCUUAAAACGAAUUGUAGAUCAAAAAGAAAUCAUAAACGUUAUUUUAGAUGUUGGAGCAUUAUUUAUCGAUGGAACCAAUAGAGAUAUUGCCAUUAAAUUGUUGAAAUUAUCCGAUAAAAACAAUAUUGAUUAUGUCGUUUAUUUUGAUUCUGAUUCAAUCGUUGUUUGUGAUCGUCAUUUGAAUAAUUAUCCAUUUGUUACAUCUCCUGCCAGUGAACGAUUAGAUCGUUGUAUAUUUUAUCUAGAUGAAAUUCAUACGCGAGGAACUGAUUUUAAAUUUCCUAUAGGAUUUAAAGCUGGUGUUACAUUAGGAAAUGGUCUAACAAAAGAUCGUUUUGUUCAAGCAUGUAUGAGAAUGAGAAAAUUAGGUCAUGGUCAUUCAUUGAUAUUUUGGAGUUCAUAUGAAGUUCAUCAGCAAAUUAAAAAAUUAAAAAUAAAAUCAAUUCGCAAGCGUAAACGAGAUGAUAUUGAUGAUUUGAUCAAAUUGAUUGAUAUUCUUCGUUGGGUUUAUGAAAAUACUCAACAAUCAACUUGGGAUGGUUUACAUCAUUGGGCUUCACAAAGUUUAAGUCACCAAAGAAAAGCUUCAGCUUUUCGACAUAUUAAUUGGAAUGAUGAUCAACAAGAAUUUACCGAGGUGUUGAUGAAAAAUUUAGCAAAUGAGUGUCCCGAACCUGAAAUAAUUGAGCUCAGAAGUAUGUACGGAGCUUCGAAAACAAUGCAAACAUUAGUCGAAAUUCAUCGUAAUCGAUAUGAACAAACUUCUCAUCAUAUGUGCACAGAAAUGAAAAAUACAGUAUUAAAACGCUUAGAAGAUUAUGCUGGAACAAAACAACGUUUAGCACAACUAUUAGAUGAAGAACAACAACGAGAGUUAGAACAAGAAUUGGAAGAAGAACGUCAAGUAGAACGUCCACCAUCUGUUCAACCAUGUCAACCUAUUCUUCAUGACGCAAUAAAACAAUUGUGUGAUAUGGGAAGUAUUAUAAUGGAUCUAACACGAUAUCCUAAUGUAUUUCGUCAUUUACCAUAUGCUUUCACUGACACGACAUUUGUCAAUGAUUGUCAAGCUAAUAAUUGGCAAGAAAAUUUUUGGAUUUCAACUGAAUUUCAACGUGUAAUUGAGACUAAAGGAGAAUUAUUAAAUCCAUUUUUACGCCCUCCACGAUGGAUUAUUAUCUAUCGUAACCAACAUUUAAUUUUUCUUAGUGCUUUAGAAGCCAAUUGGUUGAUGGGACGUUUAAAUUCUCUUUAUCACAAAGGAAAUGUCAAAACUCCAUCAAACACUACAUUACGCUUAUUAUUACCUCGUAUUAAACGAGUUCAAUCAAUAUUUGUCAAUACUCAAAAACUCACAGUUCCUCCGUUAAUUGCACAUUCCAAAGAAACGGUUCCUUUCUUUAUAUCGCCUGAAUGGCUGGCUCAAUUAUUUAUUUUUAAUGGUACACUUUAUUUUGAAAAUGUUGAUGAACAAACAGCUUAUUGUCAAUGUUUAAGUUUAUGUCCGAAACCUCAAACAAAAGAAGAAGAAGAAGCUUUUAAAAAUGGUUGGAUUACUGUCGAUGGUUUUGUUAGUAACAAGAAACAUCGUCGUGCUUUGAAAUUAUAUCAAGUUCGAUUUCAUAAUAAUCUAUUGGAAUUUGCCAGGAAAAUGAUUGAAAAUCGAAAUGACUUACGUGCACCUAUAACAUCACAUGUUGGUAGUAUUAUCCAUAAUUCACAAAAACUUAUUUUAUCCUGA